CAAACUUCCCUGCAGUGCAGUGCGCGCAGCUGCGACGCUUCCUCCAAGUCUACCAGCGACACUUCUGCCCAGCCUACACUGUACCACAACCAGCGCUCCCCAUGUAACACUCUCCGCUUCCAUCGGCACCCUCACGCCAUGGUACGCGAGGAAUCCUGCCAGUGUGGGCACCUUGGACCCCCUUGGCCUUGUCGGCCUCACUGCGAGGAUACAAAGAUGGCCCUGUUCCCGCCCUGACCACGCAGGUCUUUCUCCUGUCCUCCACCUCUCCUCCACUGUUGGUACCGGCAGACACGAGAAACUCACCCGUCACCAACAUGUACGAAGUCGGCAACAUCUACUUCAUUACGGCCAUCGCUGUCAUAGGCGGUGGCCUGUUCGGCUUUGAUAUUAGUUCCAUGAGCGCAAUUCUCGGUACAUCUCAAUACAAAUGCUACUUCAACGAGGGUCAUGGCCCGCCAGACUGCUCCGGACCACAUUCCGAUACCCAAGGUGGCAUCACAGCCUCAAUGCCAGGAGGCAGUUUCGUUGGCGCUCUAGCCUCUGGCUUUUUGUCUGAUAUUUUCGGGCGUAAGAGGGCCAUCCAGAUUGGCGCUGUCAUCUGGUGUAUCGGCUGUAUCAUUGUGUGCGCCGCCCAAAACAUCGGAAUGCUUGUUGCGGGUCGUUUCAUCAACGGUUUUAGUGUUGGUAUUUGUUCUGCUCAGGUGCCUGUCUACGUCUCUGAGCUGGCGCCUCCUAGUAAACGAGGCCGUGUCGUGGGUGCCCAGCAAUGGGCCAUCACCUGGGGCAUUCUGAUCAUGUUCUACAUCAGCUAUGGCUGCAGCUUCAUUGAUGGAAAUGCCGCCUUCCGUGUUCCUUGGGGCUUGCAGAUGAUUCCGGCCAUUAUCCUGUUCUUCGGCCUGUUUUUCCUUCCCGAAUCACCCAGAUGGCUUGCGCGCAACGAUCGCUGGGAAGAGUGCCAUGGCGUCUUGGCUCUUGUCCAUGCCAAAGGUGACCGUAACAACCGCUUUGUCCUCCGUGAACUGCAAGAGAUCAAGGACAUGUGCGAGUUUGAGCGCCGAAACGCCGAUGUCACCUACCUCGAAUUAUUCAAGCCCAACAUGAUCUGGCGAACUCAUAUUGGUGUCUUUACCCAGAUCUGGUCACAGCUGACUGGCAUGAACGUUAUGAUGUACUACAUCACCUACGUCUUCGGUAUGGCUGGACUCACUGGCAACACCAACCUCGUGGCGUCCUCGAUUCAGUACGUCAUCAACGUGUUCAUGACCAUCUUCGCGCUCAUGUUCAUUGAUCGGUGGGGUCGCCGCUGGCCGUUGCUGGUUGGCUCCACUUUCAUGGCGACAUGGAUGUUUGCCAAUGCUGGGCUGAUGGCCUCAUACGGAUCUCCAGCACCACCCGGUGGCGUCGACCACGUCGAGGAGGAAUCCUGGCAGAUCCACGGCGGAGCAGCCAAGGGCGUUAUUGCUUGCACGUACCUGUUCGUGGCUUCAUUCGCACCCACCUGGGGUCCAGUUUCCUGGAUCUAUCCCCCUGAGCUGUACCCGCUACGCAUCCGAGGCAAGGCUGUGGCGCUCACCACGUCGGCCAACUGGAUCUUCAACUUUGCUCUGUCGUACUUUGUGCCUCCGGCCUUUGUCAACAUCAAGUGGAAGGUGUACAUUGUCUUUGGCAUUUUCUGCACCGCCAUGACCAUCCACGUCUUCUUCUGCUUCCCCGAAACGGCCGGCAAGACCCUCGAGGAAGUCGAGGAGAUUUUCCUCAGCAACAUCAAGCCCUGGAACACCCAUGUCGACUACAAGCAUGUCAUCAGAGAGGAGCAUGGCGAGGUUGACCCGGAGAAGCGCCUGAGCUUUGCUGUGCAACACCACGAGAGAGACGACAGCGAUGGCGUCGACGUUGCUCGUCACACGGAGCCCGUGGAGAAGAACCAGGCCGUUUGAGUGGCUACAAUGCUACACUGCACUGUGCCGCCGAGCUGCCGACAAAGGCGCCGUCAAAUCGCACUGCAUUCGUUAUCACCAACAAGUAAACAAACAACCACAUUGCAAUUACCCUAUACCCUAUACCCCUUUUUCUCGGGCGAUGUGCUACUUUCUACCCCUGAGAUGUCAAGAACUGUUCCAAAGGCCAGAUAUAUAAACAGUCGACUAUGGCAUUCUCAAUCUUUCUUUUCAGGAUAGGAUGAAUCAACUUUGGGCAGACGAUAUUUUCUACUAUUUGACACGAAAUAGUCCAGCUCAAGUAGACUCCUACCUAAUGUUAUAACUUAUAAUUCAUGAAAAUGAAUGAAAAGGACCUACCAUUUUCUAUUCUAAUCUGAUGCUUUGCCACA